GAUGUAUAGAACUCCCUCAAACAAUCAAAGACCCCAUGCACCCUAAGCAUCCUCUAACCCUGAGGGGAUUUGAUGAAAAUACAUUUGCAAGAUAUGUCGUAUCCACCCAACGCCGGAGAAUUGGCUAUAUUCCUGUGAUCUGUGCGAAUAUAGUAUCCAUGUGACAUGCUCAAUUUCAAGGUCAAAGCUUUUGAGAGGCAGUGGAAGUGAGAACGAAGACUAUGAACAUUUCCACCUUCGUCUGCUACACUUUCCAUUAGCCGAUGAUUUCGUGGCUCUCGCUAGACAUCCAGUUGAACAAAUUAGUAAUGAAGAGAAUAAGAGAGAAUCAAAUAUCAAAGAUUGGAGCCAUGUGCAUUCGCUAAUACUUUAUGAUGGACAAAAUAACACUGAGAUAAAGCAUGACACAAUAUCAUGUGACGGUUGCGUGCAACCGAUAUCGCUUCUAUUUUACACUUGUGUUCAAUGCAACUACUUUCUCCAUUUAAGUUGUGUCAACUUACCACGUAUGUUACAACGUCCCAAUCACAGUGCGCUCCAGGGGCACGUGUACCCAGUCACGCUCAAGAGAGCAAGGAAACCUCAUUCUCUCUUCCGAUGCUCAUCUUGUGGUUUAUAUGGCAAUGGAUUCUGCUACUCAGGUUUGGGAUCAAUCAAUAUUCAUCUCAUAUGUGUUUUCCUACCAACUACUAUUAUGCAUGAAACCCACAAGCAUCCUUUGGUUCAAACCAGUAGAGAUUUACUUCUUGAGUGCAGGGCAUGUAAUGUCAUGUGCCGUCAGAUCGGAUACAGAUGUAAGAAGUGCAAUUUCGAGCUUACUCGAUCGAUUCUCGAAGAUCUAUGCGAAGGCCGUUCGCCGCUGGUUUGCAUUGAUCGCUUCAGAAAUUACUGCACGGACACUUCUGGAAACUGCAGUUGUAGCUUGGAUUUUGCCAAAGGAAAGGAAAUUCUCACUCUACAGAGGGAACAAAACAUACGGAGGCUGGAUAUCUUGCUAAGAGUGCUACUUAUUGUUCAGCAGCUUCUGCAAGAAAAUAGACAUGGUUCAAAAAGAGAUAUAUAUUACAUGCAUCCUUCUGUUUUCAAAGAUUUUAGUUUGUAUGCUGCUUUUGCCAAAUAUAGUGAAGUCUAUAAUUCUAUUUUCAGGGAUGCGAGGAUAUCAUCAGUUGUUGACCGGGCGAUUAAUGACAUUUGCAUCCUUCUGCAGUGCAGUCGCCACAACCUAAAUGUGGUAUCUGUUGGAAAAGGGUGGGUACCUACUCAAGAUCACACUGGUUUUGUGGAAGAUGAUACUAUAUUUGUACCACCACUUGCUUCAAGUGAUAUUUCAAGUAUUUUUUACAUUUAA